UCUAGGAAAAUGCGUGCCUUCGGAGAUCGAUAAAAAUGUUCAGCUUAACGUUACUAGUUUUACUGGCGAGUUUUAAAAUCGUGUAUAACGACAACGGGGACAGUUGGGAAGGUGAUAAGGUAGUGUGGACUAAAUUUAAUUUGAUUCCUAAACCCAUUUUAUCAAACUUUACAAAGAGCUUUCACAGUGUGUUAAAGAAUUCGGGAUUCACAACGAAAGCACCGAAGCCAGUGAUAAGUGUCAAGUUGAACCAGACUAAAGCAGACGUCGAUGUGCGAGGUCUCCGUAAUGUCUCUGACGAGCGGGAACGAAAAGUUCCCAUCGACUCUAUCACUCUAUCCUCCAAGAUAGUCGGUUUCCCAGAGGAUAGGACGGUUCCUCCCAAGGUGGUGCCAGUAGCAAUACCGACGACGACGCCCCCGGAGGCGGACGCCUUGGCGAGGAGACGGCGUAGGCCAGUCAUAAGGUACGAAGAGGAAGAUGACGAGGAGGACGAUGAUGAUGACGAUGAAGAGGACAUCACAGAUCAGUUUGACGUAGAAGAUGAUGAUGACGAUGACGAAGAGGAAGAAGAGGAGGUGGAGGUCGUAGAAGAAGUUCCAGAGCCAGUCGACAAACACGAAUAUGAAGAUCAGUCCUAUGUGGAGCCAGUGGCCAUCAAGAAGACCAAGCGUGUACGCAAGAAGUCGAAAAAGUACCUAAAACUGAAGGACUUCAAGAAGUUGAGAAAAUUCAUGUUGCCACUACUGCUGGCUUACAAGCUCAAGUUCUUCACGCUGAUACCACUGUUGUUGGGUGGGCUGGUGCUUAUAGUGGGAACUACAGGGUUCGCUGGGUUCUUCUUUGCUCUCUUCGCAGUAGGACUCGGCCUUCAGAAGAACAACCACGGUUGAACGCUACCUGCUACUGCUGAAGUACUUGCUCAUGACAAAGACACUUACACUAGAGAAGGAGUUUUUGUUUUUGCCAACUAUUUAUUUAUUUAUUUAUUUACUGCAUGUUGUGA